UCAGAAGCAGCCCCUCCUCCACAGCGCCACACACACAAUAAAUACCUCUUUAUCCUCACUUUUCGGCCUCCUCGACAAGUCAAGUUACCGCUGCAGACCUUCACAGGCCGCCUGAUACUUCUGUUGCUGUUGCUGUCGCUGUCUGACUGAACUUCCAAGAUGACCCAUCAGUUCCCAUGCCUCUCCCAGGAGCAGAAGAAGGAGCUCUCUGGCAUCGCUCAGAGGAUCGUUGCUCCAGGAAAGGGCAUCCUGGCAGCCGAUGAAUCCACAGGAACCAUGGGAAAGCGUUUUCAGAAUAUCAAAGUGGAGAACAGUGAGGAAAACCGCCGCAGCUUCCGGGAACUCCUCUUCUCCACCGACUCCUCAAUCGCUAACUGCGUGGGUGGGGUCAUCUUAUUUCACGAGACACUCUACCAGAAGUCAGACAGUGGCAAGCUCUUCCCCCAAGUCAUCAGGGACAAGGGCAUUGUUGUCGGCAUCAAGGUGGACAAAGGCACAGCUGGUCUAAAUGGAACGGAUGGAGAGACCACCACACAAGGUCUUGAUGGCUUAGGAGAGCGCUGUGCCCAGUACAAGAAGGACGGCUGUGACUUUGCCAAGUGGAGGUCUGUGCUCAAGAUCUCAGAUGGCUGCCCAUCCGCCCUCGCCAUUGCAGAGAACGCCAACGGCCUUGCCAGAUAUGCCAGUAUCUGCCAACAGAAUGGUCUGGUGCCUAUUGUGGAGCCAGAGAUCCUGCUCGACGGAGACCACGAUCUGCAGCGCUGCCAGUACGUCACAGAGAAGGUCCUGGCUGCUGUGUACAAGGCUCUAUCUGAUCACCAUGUGUACCUGGAGGGCACUCUGCUGAAGCCCAACAUGGUCACGGCCGGGCACGCCUGCACUAAGAAGUACACCCCUCAGGAGGUUGCCAUGGCCACAGUGACGGCUCUGAGGCGCACAGUGCCUACUUCCGUUCCUGGCAUCUGUUUCCUAUCCGGGGGCCAGAGUGAGGAGGAGGCCUCCAUCAACCUGAGCGCCAUCAACCAGGUGCCCCUUCAUCGCCCCUGGAAGCUGACCUUCUCUUACGGCCGUGCACUCCAGGCCUCUGCUCUUGCAGCCUGGCAGGGCAAAGCUGCCAACAAGGCGGCUGCACAGGAAGCGUUCAGCAGCAGGGCCAAGAUCAAUGGCCUGGCUGCCAAAGGAGAGUACAAGCCCUCCAGCUCGUCUGACAAAGCAUCAAUGCAGUCUCUGUACACAGCCAGCUAUGUCUAUUAAAUACUGACAUGUUAAAAAUGUGAAAUGAAUGCACAUGGACCAAAUAUGGCAACAAGAAAAGACUGUCUGUUGUUUCUCUCCCCAUACUAGUGGAUGACUUCCAUUCACAUGAACUACUGUUUAUCUAGUCAAUGGAAUGACUCAAUGAAAAUUAAAAAAGUGACAAAUUGU